AUAGUGUAUGUGACAUGCAUAUAUAAAAAGUUGAAUUUAGAGUAUUUUAUGCUGCUUGACAUGUAUGAGUUGUCUUUAGCAUUUCUGCAACUAAGGUUAGGCUUAGUUAGAUAUGGCAAAAGUUAGAAUAUGGAUGUAGGUUUUGCAAAUGUAUGGUAUUAAUGUUUGUUUUAUAGCAUCUAACUAGUUAGUACUAUGCAGCUUUGAGAAGGAAGGAAGUAUUGGCACUGUUUAAAAUGCGCACCUCGGAACUGUUAAAGCAGUAUGGGAAGCAAAUGUGACCUAGGUCUGGGUUUAGGAAACUGUAUUGGAAAACAGUUAUCUGUCCCUGUUUGCUCUCAGCUUCUAGAUUUUGUUGUCUUUGUUGGUCUCUUGUUACUUAUUUGUUUAUUACAUAUUGAUCAGUUUGUCUAGGAAUAUACAAUUUGCAUUUCUUUAUGAGCUUUUCAUGGUUUACGUAGUGUAGAAUCCCAACUGGUGCCCUUGAUUUAAUGGAAGGGCUUUUGUUUCAACACACAUCUUCUCUGUCAGAAGAAGAGAGGCAAUUUUUGUGAUUUCCCUCUUUCCCUCGCUCUCUGAAAAUUGGAGGCUUCCAGAACAGCAUGGAAGUUGCUGUCAAUUGCUGAGUAUUGAAGGGAAAAUUGGCCACAGUCACCUCUUGGUUAGCGGAGGCAUCCGCUAGAUCAAAAGGUCACCUGGGAGCGCGGGUACAGUUGGAUUCCUGUCUGUGGCAUGCAAAUUUGGCAUGUUGAACAUGCAAUUUCAUUCUUGCUUUGAGUAUUUAUAUUGCAGUCAUUCAUGUGCGAGAUGUAUUCAUAUUGCUUAUUGCUUGUGUUUCCAGCUCUUCCAGUAGAGAUGUACUUCUUUAGCUAUUUUUGAUUGCAUUACCAUACACUGUUCACUUAAACCAGGACUGAUGAGCCUGUGGCCCUCUGAAUGUUGCUGAGCUAAGAUUCCCAUUAUCUAUGACAAUUGGCCAUGCUAGCUGGGGAUGACAGAUUUGAAGUUCAACAGCAUCUGGAAGGCCACAAGUUCCAUAUCCCCAAAUUAAGACUUUCCCUCUAAUAAAUUAUUCUUACUUCACACCCUCUUGAGAAUAUCUGCAUGAGAUUCAGUGAUGGCUUCUUUGAGCAGGGAUUUUUACAUUCCUAGCACACCCCAUUCAUCAAAUCUCCCCUUUUAUCUUCUGCGAGCAAGCUUCUCUGCCGUUAUUUCAGUUGUGUAUGUAAACCAUUCUUACGAACAAAUAUUUUUGCAGAUAAGGUUAAGGACUUUACUGUAUUUUGACUCCCGACUGCCUUCAGUCUGUGGGUAUCAUUCUAAUAAUGUUUUUUCUAUGGUGGCUAAACCAUAGCCUUAUGGCGUGGGGAAGCGCAGUUACUGUUGUGGUUUCUUUUCUUUUUCUCUCUCUUCAUCUUACAUAACCACACAGUAGGUACAAAAUGGCAUUUCAGUUGCAAGUCCACACAGGUAUCUAACCUAUAAAAAUACCUUCAAUAUCUAGAUCUGUAUGUUGCAUGGCAUUUGUGCUACAUAACACUUCUGAUGUGGCUGUCGGCUACUCCCAAGUCUUAAGACUGCUAUCAGCUGUCUCUCUCAUGUGGUAUUGCAAACAAGAGGUGUGCUAAGCUUCCCCUAUUUAUUAGCAAAUGAGCAACGAUUUCCAUGGAAACAGAUAUUGCAGUCAGCAGCAGAGCCCAUUGAAUUCCUUUUCUGGGAGGCUGAGUUCUGUAAAUGCUGUUUCUUCUACAGGAUUUAAGAGGAUUCCUACAUUAUAUUUUAAAUAGCUGAAGUUUUCAGCGUUUCUACCCUUUUCACAAUAACAAAAAACACCAUAGCGCUCUGAAUGGGUUUUGCAGUCAUCCACACACAACAGCUUAUCUGUUCUCAUAAUGGCCCAAUUUAUAAAUGGAGGGGGAAGGCACACAUGAAACUUUCUUUGCCAGAGACUUGAAACAUAAUGUUAAAGUGGUGUUUAGGAUUGCAUAACUUCAAACAAAUGACACUAAGUAUGUGUGUUUCAACCGCAUAUAUUUCUCACUUGUUUGGGUCUCAUACAGCUUUCAUUGCUCAGCAUGGUUACCCUGCAAAUGUCACCGGGGGACAACGACUCGCAGUUUGUAAAUUAUGUUACUUCAUUGCAGUCAUUACACUAUGAAUAAUAUACACAAAUACAAAUUUCCAAAUAGAAAUCGGGGAACCAAGGUCAUUGUUUGGGAUUAAUACUUUUACUGGUUCUAGAUAUUACACCCCUUUUAGCUGUAAAUGCAUGGACUGAUGUGUUCAACCUUAUUUACACAGUAGGAAACUAAUUACAGUUGAGUGCUUUAAAACAUUGCAAGUCAAAAAUAGGUUUGGGAGGGUCUUUCAUCCAGCAUGUUCACUAAACUAUAUUUGCACUUUCCAGUGUUGUAUGUGUUUAUCAAAAAAAAAAAGGCAACAAAACCCCUAAAAACUAAAAGCUGGGUUUAGUCAAGGCUCACCCUCCCAGGUCAGGUGAAAAAGACCUGCAAAACAGGGAGCAGGUCUUCCAGGACUCACAAUACUCUAGAAGUCCACCCAGUUAGCUUUGUGGCUGAGCAGUGAUUUAAAUAUGAGUCUCUGUGGUCCUAGUCCAAUACUCGAACCACAAUGACACACUAAUUGAAUUCCAGCAGUCUGUCUCUACCGUUCAUAGUUAAACGAUCUAUAGCCCUUUCCAGUUUAAAGGGGGAGAACAGAAACAUUUCUGUGUGUGAAUAUCUGGUUUAAAAACGGUCUCACUGAAAUGAAUUUGCUAAUCUAUACUUUGCUAAUCUAUGUGUUACCAUAUUGCUUUGUCAGUUUUAAAAAUUCCUGUGAGAAGUGCUUGCCUUGACUCUUGUGUGUGGCUCAGAUGUGAAGUACACUGUCUUUUUGCCUGGGAUAAUGUGGCUGGCUUGGGUUUUGUCACUGUCUUUACCAGGAGCAAUCUUCAUUAAGUGGCAGUCUUUCUUUGAAUAGAAAAGCCUUUGAAGGUCUGCCUUUGACGUGAUUUGUUUACAACAACCAAUGCUGGCUGAACACAAUAAGAGAUUGAGAAGGCGUGGGGGGGGGGGGGGAGAAGGCCAAAGAAGAAUAUGACACAUCUUCUGUUCAUAGCUAUGCAAAUCAGAUAAUCAUUUGGUCAUGUGCUCAUUGCUGAUUACACAUGAAUCCUUAGGGAAUGGAAGCAGAAAAUGAUUACUGGACGCAUGCCUUGUGUUUUGAUGACUGCGUUAAAAGUCCCUGUCGGAUAACCUUCAUUGCAUGUGAGCAAUACCUUUAAAGAAAAAGGCAGACGGCUAGGGAAGGAUUUUUUUCUUCCUGUAGCGGCAAGUGUGCUAUUAGGUUUAAGCAGGAGAGAGGCUGGUUAUAAUGGAUGGAAGGAGCUUCUUGCAAGAAGCAGGACCUUUAUUUUGAAGUGGUGUAGCAGCUGUUGCUGGUUGCAGUAGAGAACUGCAGAUCUGACUGGGUCACACAGUGCUCUGUCGGUCUUCAGGGCUGCACUGGAUUGAGAGUGGCGCAGGCACUUAUAGUCACUCGGAUUGAAGUUGUAUCCUUGGGAAAAGCUCCUGGUAGCAUUGCAACUGUGUAAUGGCUGUUGGGGAUGAUAAAAGCUUUGAUGAUGAAGAGUCAGUGGAUGGAAAUAGGCCAUCUUCAGCUGCCUCAGCCUUCAAGGUUCCUGCAGCCAAAAAACCUGCAACUCCCUCAAAUACUUCAAGAAAGCCAGGUUCUGCUGGUGGGCCAAAGGUUGGAGGCACCACCAAGGAAGGAGGAGCUGGUGCUGUUGAUGAAGAUGAUUUUAUAAAGGCAUUUACAGAUGUUCCUACUGUACAGAUUUAUUCUAGUCGUGAACUUGAAGAGACGCUAAAUAAAAUCAGAGAAAUCUUGUCAGAUGAUAAACAUGAUUGGGAUCAACGAGCCAGUGCGCUCAAGAAGGUCCGGUCAUUACUUGUUGCUGGAGCUGCUCAGUAUGAUGGAUUUUUCCAGCAUUUACGGCUGUUGGAUGGAGCAUUUAAAUUAUCAGCUAAAGAUCUCAGAUCACAAGUGGUUAGAGAAGCAUGCAUUACAGUAGCCCAUCUUUCAACAGUUCUGGGAAACAAGUUUGAUCAUGGCGCAGAAUCCAUUGUGCCUACUCUGUUUAAUCUGGUUCCUAAUAGCGCCAAAGUUAUGGCUACUUCUGGGUGUGCAGCCAUUAGAUUUAUCAUUCGUCAUACCCAUGUGCCCAGACUCAUACCUUUAAUAACCAGCAACUGUACCUCAAAAUCCGUUGCAGUCAGGAGGCGCUCUUUUGAAUUUCUAGACCUGUUGUUACAAGAGUGGCAAACACAUUCCUUGGAAAGGCAUGCUGCAGUCUUGGUUGAAACUAUCAAAAAGGGUAUUCAUGAUGCUGAUGCUGAAGCAAGAGUAGAAGCAAGAAAGACUUACCUAGGUCUAAGAAAUCAUUUUCCAGGUGAAGCAGAGGUGUUGUAUAAUAACCUUGAGCCAUCCUAUCAAAGAAGCCUGCAUACAUACUUAAAGAAUUCGGGUAGUAUUGCAUCACUUCCACAGUCUGACAGGUCAUCCUCCAGUUCACAGGAAAGCCUCAAUCGUCCCUUUGCAUCAAAAUGGUCCACAUCCGGUUCAACUAUGGCUAGCAGAGUUGCAGGAACUACCAAGUCUGUCCCAAGCCCAGGAAUGCUACAGAGAUCUCGCAGCGACAUAGAUGUCAAUGCUGCCGCCGGAGCAAAGGCACGCCAUGCUGCUGGUCAGCCAACGGGAACUGGCCGUUUAGCUGCCGCUGGUCUACCUCCAGGUUCAUAUGCUUCACUAGAGGAUACUUCUGACAAGAUGGAUGGACGUGUGCGGACCAAGCUUUCAACACCCUCUAUUGGCAUGGGAAACUCAAAGACGGAUUCCAGAGGCCGUAGUCGAACAAAAGUUGUGUCUCAGUCUCAGCGUUCAUCAUCGCCAGACAAAAAUGAAGCUGGCAGCCGUUCUGGUUCCCCUGGAAGAGUUUUGACUACAACUACACUCUCAACUAUGAACACAGGGGUUCAGAGAGUGCUAGUCAGUCAUGCAACAGCACAAAAGCGAAGCAAGAUUCCGCGAAGUCAAGGAUGUAGCAGGGAGGCGAGUCCUUCAAGACUGUCAGUUGCACGAGGUAGUCGUAUUCCUCGGCCUAGUGUGAGUCAGGGGUGCAGUCGGGAAGCCAGCCGUGAAAGUAGCAGGGAUACAAGCCCUGUCCGCUCUUUUGCGCCCCUUGGCACAGGUUUUGGAAUAAGUCAGUCCAGUCGGUUAUCUUCAUCAGUUAGUGCCAUGCGUGUCUUGAACACAGGCUCCGAUGUGGAAGAAGCAGUAGCAGAUGCUUUGAAAAAGCCAGUGCGAAGGAGAUACGAAUCCUAUGGAAUGUACUCCGAUGAUGAUGCCAAUAGCGAUGCUUCCAGUGCUUGCUCAGAAAGAUCAUACAGCUCUCGGAAUGGCACCAUCCCUACGUAUAUGCGGCAGACAGAGGAUGUGGCCGAGGUCCUCAAUCGCUGUGCAAGCUCCAACUGGUCAGAAAGAAAAGAAGGUCUUCUGGGGCUACAAAAUUUAUUAAAAAAUCAGCGAACUUUAAGUCGCGUUGAAUUAAAAAGGUUGUGUGAAAUCUUCACAAGGAUGUUUGCUGAUCCUCAUAGCAAGGUGUUCAGCAUGUUUUUGGAAACUUUAGUUGACUUCAUUCAAGUCCAUAAAGAAGAUCUACAGGACUGGCUAUUUGUGUUGCUGACACAGCUGUUGAAAAAAAUGGGUGCUGACUUGUUGGGGUCCGUGCAAGCAAAAGUUCAAAAGGCACUUGAUGUGACAAGGGAAUCUUUUCCCAAUGAGCUCCAGUUCAAUAUUUUAAUGAGGUUUACUGUUGAUCAGACUCAGACACCCAGCUUGAAGACAGUCAAGCCAGCACUGCAAGACCAGCUUCGCUCUUUUUGGAGCUCCAAGGUAAAGGUUGCAAUUCUCAAAUAUAUAGAGACACUUGCACAGCAGAUGGACCCAGGAGAUUUUAUAAAUUCAAGUGAAACUCGUCUGGCAGUAUCUCGAAUUAUUACGUGGACAACAGAACCUAAAAGUUCAGAUGUUAGGAAGGCUGCACAGUCAGUGUUGAUUUCUCUCUUUGAGCUCAAUACCCCAGAGUUUACAAUGUUGUUGGGUGCUUUACCAAAAACCUUUCAGGAUGGUGCCACAAAGCUGCUUCACAAUCACCUCCGGAAUACAGGAAAUGGUGGCCAGGGGUCCAUGGGAAGCCCUUUAACAAGGCCUGUUCCUCGCUCACCAGCUAGUUGGUCUAGCCCCAUCACAUCCCCAACCAACACAUCCCAAAAUACUUUGUCACCAAGUGCAUUUGAUUAUGACACAGAAAAUAUGAAUUCAGAAGACAUUUAUAGUUCUCUUCGUGGGGUGACUGAAGCAAUUCAGAACUUUAGCUUCCGCAGUCAAGAAGAUAUGAAUGAGCCCAUGAAACGGGAUCCCAAAAAAGAGGAUGGCGAUGCAAUUUGCAGUGGGUCUGGAAUAGUGGAUCUGCGAGCAGGAGGUGGUGCCACUGAUACAGGCCGAACAGCUCUUGACAACAAAACCUCAUUGCUUAACACAAUGCCGUCUCAUUCUUCCCCACGAUCACGUGAUUAUAACCCAUACAAUUACUCAGAUAGUGUUGGUUCAUUUAACAAAUCAGCUUUAAAAGAGGCCAUGUUUGAUGAUGAUGCAGAACAGUUUCCUGAUGAACAUCCACUGGACCAUUCUGACCUGGUUGCAGAAUUGCUGAAGGAACUGUCAAAUCACAACGAGAGAGUAGAAGAACGGAAAGCUGCUCUCUACGAGCUAAUGAAAUUGACCCAAGAAGAGUCUUUUGGUGUUUGGGAUGAGCACUUCAAAACAAUUCUGCUUUUAUUACUUGAAACCCUUGGGGACAAAGAGCAUGCAAUUAGAGCACUGGCAUUGAAAGUUUUAAGAGAGAUUUUAAGACACCAACCAGCAAGAUUUAGAAAUUAUGCAGAGCUUACAAUCAUGAAGACACUAGAAGCUCAUAAGGACCCCCACAAGGAGGUUGUAAGAUCUGCUGAAGAGGCUGCUACAAUGCUGGCCACAUCCAUUAGCCCAGAUCAGUGCAUCAAAGUACUUUGUCCCAUUAUCCAAACAGCAGAUUAUCCUAUAAACCUGGCUGCAAUCAAAAUGCAGACUAAGGUGAUAGAGAGAGUACCUAAAGAAACACUUGCUCAGCUCUUGCCAGAGAUAGUACCAGGUCUAAUACAGGGCUAUGAUAACUCUGAAAGCAGUGUUCGGAAGGCUUGUGUCUUCUGUCUUGUAGCCAUUCAUGCAGUAAUUGGUGAUGAACUGAAACCGCAUCUCAGCCAACUCACUGGCAGCAAAAUGAAGUUGUUGAACCUUUACAUCAAACGUGCACAAACAGGCUCUGGAGCAGGUGACUCAGCGGCAGAUGUUUCUGGACAAAGCUAGUGAUGCUGUUCCUCACAGAAGAAAAGACACAUCAGUAAAAGGAAAAGUCUCAAACUAAACUUUUGGAACUCUUCAUUUUUGUUGGAGGUUUUCUUUUUUUCCUUUUUCCUUUUUAUUUUUCCUUAAUGGAGGGCUAUUCUCAGCCUGCAUGUGACUGUUGCAGUUAUUCCAUAUCCAAGGGAAAAGAAAAAAACAGUAUUAAUAUCACCUGAUUGAAGCAAGAUAAUUUUUUCAGUCUAAUCCAUCAUGUUUUCUGUUCACACACCUCUGUGUGUCUUCCCAUUAAUUUUCAUCAGUGUUACUGUAAAUUUUUCUUUUUUAAAACAACCACAACCACAAACCUAAUUAAACAGGAAUGCUUUAAGCUUUAAAAGCUGAAAUCUAAAUUUCCUUGUUUUUCUUUGGCUACAAAGUAACAUGACUUUGUAUGGCUGUUUUUAUUCAGUUGCUAUGGGUGUUUUUGUUUUUCUUUACUUUCUUGAACAUAAGAACAAAGCCGGACUGGUCUGAAUUGUAACUCAGUCCCUGUACUGGAGUUACAGCCUGAUGGGUAUGUCUUAAGUCAGAUAAUAGAGUCUGAAAGCAAGCAGUGCCCAUUAAUUAAAAAGAAAAGAAAAGCUGGAUUGAUCCAGUAUCUAAACACGGUUCACUGUUGAGUAUGUUUGUCCCAUAAAUAAAAAUUCUGUGCAAACUAGGACGGCGAGUCAGUGGAAGACUCUGUGGAAGACAUCCUAUUCAGAACACAGUGUUGCAGAACUGGGGGAAUGUGACACCCUGCUUUCCCAAAUUCAGGUUAAGCAAAGUCACUUAAUGGAUAUGAACCAUUCUUGUCACCAUCCCUUCCUCAAGCAGGAUGCUUCAGAGUGGAGUGCUCUGCACAAGCAUGCUCAGUAUGUAUUUAUCUUUCUCACUAGAAUGUUUCCUCUCAACCUAAUUACUGGAACUAAUCGUUCUACCAUUUAAACUCGCGUAGGGAUAUAGGACAGCAAGCACUGCGGAAAGCUUUUCAGCAAUGAUUUUUUUUUUUUUUGCAAGAACAGGUGUUUGUUCGUUGACUUACAGGGGGAGGGCUGGGGAAAAGAAUCACAAGCACUAUAGAUCUUGAAACCCUUGGUUGAGGGUUUCAAUUUGAAUUAUUUGGGAAGGCAGCACCAAAUUUAUUGCAUGGUUUCCUUGAAAUGGUGUCAUUGAGACCAUCUGGAUAGAGAUGUGGAAAUGUUUUCAGGUUGUUUCUGUAACUUUUUUUAAACUUUGUUGUGAAUAAUGCAUCUUUGUAUUUAUGGAUUUCAUAACUGAGAGAAUGAAAAUCAAGAAAAUGUUCCCCAAAGUCUUCUGUUUCUCAGAUUUAACCACCAUCUACUGAGUUUCUUAACUGAGAGAUGGGAGUGAGAUCAACACCCUUCUCACAAUGACUAGAACCUAGAUCUUGUGACCAUAGUUACAUAAUCUAGUUUUAAAGAUUGUGUUUUUAUAGGAGAGAAGAUAGCAGUGCCAACGAUUCUGGUUUUUCUGUGCUAGGCGAAGAUUCUCUCUACCUCUCCAGGGUGGAAACUUUUGACUAAGCUGCUACCCAUAAUGUCUUGUGGGGGGGAAAUUGUCUAUAGAAAUAUUUUUUUAUUUCAUUUUUGUUCAUUUACUAUUGUGUAUUCAAAACCCAAUUCUUUUAACAUGCAGCCAAAUACCAUUUUUAAAAGAGCUAAUAAUACUUUACUUGCUAAUUACCUUGAAAAAUUGAAUACUUGGAGUUACAUAAUUUAAUAAAUUACUUUGACUUUGUUCAGAAGUUGUUCUGACUGGGAAAGAUGAGAGAUGUGGUUAUAAAAGAAGCAUUUGCUGUUGCAGAAAGCUGUUUAUCUGGGAAAAUAUUUUAGAAAUAUAUGUAAAAAAAACAACAACCUUAAUUGUCAUUAUUCGUCACUGGCUUUUUUUAGCAGCUUCAUCAGGAAAAUAGUCUCCCCUUUCUCAUUUCCAUAUGUGUAACAUUCUUGUUUUCUACUGUUCUAUUACAUUGUGUAUUUAUAGUUCUCUGCUUACCAUUGUGCAUAUACAGGCAAUAAAAUGUACAUAACAUUACUUGAAAAAUUUAACUAUGUAUACAGCUGCAUUUCUGCUUUUAUUUAGCGGUAGAUCUUAGUUUAUGGUACUUUAUUUUUACGAUACUGGUUUCCUCUUUCUUUUUUUGAAGGACAGACAAUUAUAAUGGACUAGUGUUUGUAGGAGUACGGAAAUAAGUUUCUCAGAUGUAAGUAACUCCCAGUUCCAAAAUGCAAACAAUACAAACAACCUGCUGAACGUAGUUACAGCUGAUUCAGGGAAAACAAAAUGCUAAUCAUACUCAAAAGCUAGCUUCUUAGCUUCUGUUUAUUUAGAAUCGAUGUCUCCUGUGUUCUUUUGUCCCAGUUGAGCAAGAAGUCCACACCCAUAGUUGACAUGCUUGUGGGUACACAAAUCUAUUUGCCUGGCCUUCAUCUGUGCCCUAUUGAUCCAGAGCAACCAGUUGUUUCAUAUGAUCAGUUCCUUGAAACUAUUGCUGUAUUAGAACUAUUAUGUGGAAUUCUCCCAUAGAACUUCCUGCAAUGUAUUUAAGAGCACACACCCAGUAUGAAUUGGACUGUAGAAAAUGAAUAAGUAACUUAAGGUAUCAAAUUAAACUUUGGCACUAGGAAUAAAUGAUAAUGCUAAAAUGGAAAUCCCAAGUGUGUAGCUAGGCUACCUCAGGGAAAAGGCCCCUGUUUCUAGAGCCCAACUGAAAUCCUCUGCAAGUGAGAAUUGUGUGGAAAUGCUUCUGAGACUAAACUACUGAACCCAUGUUAUUCAUAGUUCAAUGUUUCAGCAUAUUAAUCUGCAGGAACAAUAUAUGAUGUCCUAGCAAUUCUCAUCAGCACUUUCUUUUCAGUUUUUUGUUGUAUCAUUCCUGCUAAUUCAUCCAAAAUGUCAUUCUCUGCCAUAUAUUUGGAAAGCAGGGAUUGAAUAGCCCUUCUUCUCUGUACAUUACACACAUCUAGAAUCCCCGAUCCUCAAAUUUGUUAAGAAAGGGAAAGUAAUGGAUGUCACACAAAUAAUAGGAAAACCUAUUACUGUUGCCCAACAAAGCAUAAACUACUUUGAGCUAGACUAUGGUAGUUCUAACAGAGUGUGGUAACUCCAGAGACUGUAUCAGAUAAAUCUGAAGCUUAAGAAAAGGUUUCAGGCAUUCAUUAACCAGGCUCCAACUAAAUAUGGUAAGAAAACAGCAAACCUAAUUGGCACCUGGGGCAGACUUUAAUGUGUCUGUUUCCUCCUUAUAAGUGAGUCAUCUCAAACUGCAAAGAUUCUGUGUAUAAUUUGCAUAUAGCAAAUCAAGGGAAAGUGUGAAGAUUCAUGUGUUUCAUCUCUCGUUAACAUGCUUUAAGCAUGAAGUGAGCUUUGAAACCUGUAUUUAACCAAAGUCAUAAAGGAAGAGUUUAAAGUGUGCACGUGUGUAAACAUGGUUUUCAGUGUGGAAGAACUGAUAAGGUCCUGCCUAUCCUUCAGAAUCUCCCAUGUGUGCACACACCAAGUCAAAGGAAGAUUUAUGAAACGGCAACUCUUUCACUUGCACAUGACUGAACAUGAUGGAAUAUGUGCACAUGAUUGAACAGGACUGGCCUGUUCUUUUGAAAUGAUUCUUGCAAUUAUGAGGAAAACUGCAACGUCCCAAUUUUUGAACAAUAGGCAUAGAAAUUGCCCUCGGGCUGUUCUAUGCAUGGGCUAUGGGUAUUGCUCAUUUUGUCUUGCUUUCUGUUGUGGAAGUGACUUUACCAUUUUGGCUUGCCCAUGACUGAGAGGCUAAAGCAGCCCCUCUAUACCAGCAUUUCUCACAUGGUAUCCACCACUUGUCUUGCACUACAAUUCCCAUCAUCCCUAACAGUACUGACUGGUGCUGAUAGGAGUUGUAGUUCCAGCAAUAUCAGGAGGGCAUCAGAUUGGGUAUGUUGCUCUAGACCAGGCACCCCCAAACUUCGGCCCUCUAGAUGUUUUGGACUACAAUUCCCAUCAUCCCUGACCACUGGUCCUGUUAGCUAGGGAUCAUGGGAGUUGUAGGCCAAAACAUCUGGAGGGCCGCAAUUUGGGGAUGCCUGCUCUAGACACACAUUUAAUUGUUGGAAUAAUUACAGAGUGAAAAAAGACCAUGCACAUAAGGAACUAACAGAAGCGCUUAUUCCAUCUUCCAAGGUUCAUUGAUGUUUUUGUGCCCGAGAACAUGUUUGCUGUGAAAAUGCCAUCUCCUGUGGAGGGAAGGGGGGAUAUUUACAUACUUACCGUAUUUUCCCAUGUAUUGGAUGCCCCCAUGUGUAGGACGCCCCCUAUU